CCAGGUGUAUGCCACUACCUAACUCCAUCUAUAAAUACACCCCCAUUGCCGUAGGGUUGGAAGUCUCUCUCUCUCUCUGAUCACUCCGCCGAGAAGAGAACACAACGAAUCUUCAACAAUGGCGGAAGAAGAAGAGAUCCCUAAAUCACGAGGCACCGUAAAGUGGUUCCACGACCACAAGGGCUACGGCUUCAUCACCCCCGACGACGGCGGCGAGGACCUCUUCGUCCACCACUCCUCCAUCCAAUCCAACGGGUUCCGCACCCUCCGCGUCGGCCAGCUCGUCGAGUUCCACAUCGCCCUCGAACAAGAACGCACCAAGGCCGUCCACGUCACCGGUCCCGACGGAUCUCCCCUCGACAACAAGACCCCUAACGGCGGUAAUAGACGCCGUGAUAGUAACAACGGUGGUGGGUGCUACAACUGCGGGGAAAGCGGACACUUGGCGAGGGAAUGUCGCCGCCCCGUUGCGAGUGGUGGUGGUGGAGAUAGGGGCUGUUUUAAUUGCGUGGAGAGUGGACACGUGGCCAGGGAAUGUCGCCGUCCCGUGGCGAGUGACGGUGGUGGAGAUGGGGGUUGUUAUACCUGCGGCGAUUACGGACACAUGGCGAGAGACUGCAACCGCAGCGGCCGCGGUGGUGGUGGAGAUGGGGGUUGUUAUAACUGUGGUGAUUAUGGACACGUGGCAAGGGACUGCAAUCGCGGCCGCGGUGGUUUUAAUGGUAAUGGUGGUGGCGAUGUUGAGUGUUAUACUUGCGGGGGGCAAGGACACAUAGCCAGGGAGUGCCCUAGUGGGCGGAGAAAAAGCGGCGGCGGCGGCAGUGGUGGUGGUGGAAGGGGGUGCUAUAACUGUGGGGAACAAGGGCACUUUGCUAGAGAAUGCCCUAAUCCCUCAGCAGCUUGAUGAUAUGAAAAAGAGUGAAGCUCUCUCUUUUUCUCGACUUUUCUUUUGAUAUACUCCACCUUUAUCUGCUAGUAGUAUUUUUUCUUUUAUACGUUAUCGUUUUAUUUUAUUUUGGCAGCGAUCCACUGUUAGUGAAGCCUAUUUUCCCUGUUGGUUAGACAUGCAUUGAUGGUGGUUCGGUUAUUGAUCUAGGGUUUUUACUUCGUUUUAUGAUCAAACUCGGGAUGAUGUUAUUGGAUUUUCUUCAAGUGUUUAUAUUAUCAAGUUUAUUGGAUUUAA